GCAAUUUUUAGAUCAUCAUCGAUGAGAUUGAGGCUGAGCAUAUUAUCAGACCCGAAAUCCAAAAGAUGAGUGACGAAGAGAAGCAGGCUAAGCUUCUCGAAGUGGAUGAGGGCUGGGUUCGACGUAAGGGCUCAGUGGAACUCUUUCUCCAUCUAACUGAGCCUCUCCACACCUGCUCGCAAGAAAAAUUCGAUGCGGCAUUGGCACGGUUGGCUAUGCUUCAUGGGUAUAGGUUAACACCUUGUGGAGAAGACGUCGGAGACGUCGGAACUAGCGGUACAUCAACGUCGAUUGCAGACAAUUACCUUGCCAUCAAGAACGCUCAUCCUCGAGACGCCGGAUUGCUGUUCGACGAAGAACAGCACAAGUACACAAUCAAAAGUCUGCUUGAACCGCCAUCAAUUCUAUCGAGUGCAAAUUAAGGCUAGUUUAUGAUCACUAACCCACGUUUCUUUCUCUUUGUGAACUAUGCUCCUGAGAGGACGAGUCCCCCUGGAUCAUGUAAAGGGGAAAUAGGAGGGAAGAGGGAAGCUCACGCAACCACGCAUAGAGAAAAAGUAGCGCUAAGCAAGUAGUGGAGCCUCCUCCUCUACGCAAGUGCGUUCUGUUACGUCGUUCUGCGACAGCAACGGCUUCAAUGGGAACAUGAUCGCUAGUAAGAUCAUCAAAUCUGUUAGAUGGUCAACGGAUCCUUCGUACGAGUACUAUCAGCAAAGUAAGGAAGAAAUACUGCGUGGAUGGGACUUCGCACGACAUCUUGGAACGGAGCUGCAUCGCGAUAUCGAGCUAUAUUUGAAUUAUGAUGGGGUGUGCGGAUGAAUAUGACUGAUGAGACGGAAAAAAAUGCAAUUUGGACAUGGUUAGCAUAAUGAUCAAUGCGGUUCGUCAGUUUCUCAUGCAGAACUGGUCUACUCCUCUACGUCUACUUCAUGUUCUCGUCUAAGGAAUUCGCAAAGGCCAGCUGGAGGACCAUUUUCUAGAGCGGAAGCUAAGCACAAAAUUGGAGCUGAGUCGGACUUCUCUGGACAUCUUCGAUUCUUCCGCAAGUGGUUCGGGCGGUGCGACUUCGUAUACUUAUGGCUCAACCAAAACUCGCUUGCUGGUUCCAGAUUCAGAUUUACUAUCACACUUCUCGUCGUUCUUCUUCUAAUCUAUGGGCACUUCUGGCUGUGCGCCUUCUACUGCUGCGCCUGGUGGAAGACAACCGGCAGCUACGCCAAUGCCAUUUUCUGGAUCUGGGGGUUAUCCUUUGGGUUACGGCAGCAGCACAACCAGUUCCGGGAUGCCGCUUUCUUAUGGAGGCUGUGCUACUGAAGACGGUGGCGGGUUAUUCGGAUUCGGAAGUACUACUAGUACAGGUCGUUCUACAGAUUCUACAUGCCUAGAUGCUGGAGCUAAUCUUCAACCUCCUCUCUUACAGCCGAUCGCGGAAGAAAAGGUAAAAGAACAAGAACAAGAGGAUCAAGUAGAACUGCAACAGUUGCAGCGAAAUAUGCAAAAAGAGCCGGAUUUUAUCGAACGUACCCACUUUCUAGCGUUUGUCAAGGAUGUACUGGAGACGCGAAAAUGGAAGCCCUAUCGGACCGAAUGGCGCAUCUACGAUGCGGAGCUGAAAAUUGCAGGCACAAUCGAUUUCGUCGUAGAACAAGACAAUGUAAUUGCAGACGUGUCGCAUCAUGACAUUCCGAUUCCGAGGGCAUCUUCAAGGACUACAAGGGGUUCCGGUACUGCUUCUAAGAGUAAGACCAGCACAGCGACAGCGGUAGCAAAGAACAAGGCGACGUCGAGUUCUUCUAGUAGGAGAACCAAGUCUGCCUCAUCAGCUGCGGAAAUUGGCGCGACAGGGGGAGAUAAUAUCUUCGAAACAGCUCUUCGACCUGGUGCAGGCGCAGCUAAAGGAGGUCAGGAGUCUUCAUCUUCUGAAGUCGACGCAGUUUUAGUUGAAGAUGAAGAAAGCGGUGGUGGAGCGGGAAAGAAUACAGAUCAAGAUGGUAAGGACGUUGUUCCUAGUUGUACAACUGCGGAGGAAACAUCAUCAAACAAGCGAGAGCUGAUCCUGAUCGAUUGGAAGCGGACAAAACAAGUGAAGAAGGCUGUGUAUAAGAAUCAGCUAAAUCUAUAUCGCUAUCUCCUUGAGAAAAACUACGUAGAAUUCAAGGUCAUCGAGAUGUAUGUGGUACGUCUACAUCCAAAUAGCGAUACUUAUGACCUCGUUGAAAUCGAUCUGCUACCAGAUGAAGAACUCAAGGGACUGGUUGGAGCAGGUUCAUAGAAUUUAUUAGAAGUUUUCAUUGAUUAUUGAUAUUGAUAAACACAAGCGGAAGCGUAAGAAAGUGUAUGUAAUUAACUAAUAGCCCUCUUUUCGAUUGUUUGCUUGAAAUACACAUAAGGCUGGAUGGAUUAUCAUUCAAGGUUGACGUGAAACAGAAC